AUGGCCACCAACGGUGAGACCAAGCUCGCCGUACUAGACGCGAGUCACCCGGCCACCGCACCGGCGUCCAUGGAAUCCGGUGGUGCAGCCAGCUACGACGACGUGUCGCGGCACGGCCAGUGGCUGCGAGCAGCGGUCCUCGGCGCGAGCGACGGCCUCGUCUCCACGUCCGCGCUCAUGCUCGGCAUCGGCGCGGCGCGGCCUGGCGACCCGCGCGCCGCGCUCCUGUCGGGCGUGGCGGGCCUCGUCGCCGGCGCGUGCAGCAUGGCCAUCGGCGAGUACGUGUCGGUCCACGCGCAGCUCGACGUGGAGCUGGCCGGGCUCAAGCGAGUCGAGGAGGCCCGAGGGUACCCGGCGGACCGGGCCGGGCUGCCGAACCCCGGCCAUGCAUCGGCGGCCUCGGCGCUGUCGUUCGCUGCUGGCGCGGCCAUUCCGCUGCUGGCGGCGUGGUUCAUGGGGAGCUACGGGAUGCGGGUCGCGGUCGUCGUGUCGACGGCGACCUUGGCGCUGGCGGUGUUCGGCGCCCUUGGGGCGGUGCAUGGCGGAGCUCCAGCAGGUCGGGCUGGGUUGAGGGCCGCACUGGGAGGAUUAGUGGCGAUGGGGAUCACCUACGGACUCAUGAAGUUGUUCCGGGCCGAUUCAGUUUGA